CGCUGUUUUAACGCGUCUCUGUGGCGCAUGCGCAGCUGCUUUGACCUACACAGAGGCAGGAGAAAAUGGCAGCGCUAGGAUUGGGGCAGGUGCGGCAGUUCAGCACAUCGGUGGUCCGGCCAGUAGCAAAGCUGAUUAAGCCACCUAUCCAGAUAUAUGGAGUAGAAGGCCGCUAUGCCACCGCUCUGUUUUCUGCUGCCAGUAAGCAGAAGAGUCUGGACAAGGUGGAGCAGGAGCUUGGCCGUGUGGCUGGUCUUAUUAGGGACCCCAAAUUGUCAAGCAUUGUGCUGAAUCCUCACGUCAAGCGCAGCAUCAAACAGAAGACCUUCAAUGAUGCUUUAAACAAGGCCAAGCUCUCCCCCAUUACAAUCAACCUCAUCAAUGUGCUUGCUGAAAAUGGCCGGCUUACAUUGACCCCUGACGUCAUCACCGCUUUCAGCAAAAUGAUGAGCGCCCACAGAGGAGAGGUCACCUGCACAGUUACCACUGCUCAGCCCCUGGAUGAGGCAAGCCUUGCGGAGCUGAAGGUGGCACUUAAUGGGUUCCUGGCCAAGGGAGAGACUAUUAAACUGGAGCUCAAGAGUGAUUCCUCCAUCCUUGGCGGAAUGAUCGUCAGUAUUGGUGAUAAGUACGUGGACAUGUCCACCAAGACAAAGAUCCAGAAGCUCACCAAACUGAUCAGGGAGACUUAAGUCCUGUGGACUGACCGGGCCCAGUCAAAAGUAGAAUAUGUUUUGGGGUGGAUGGAAACACCGCUGCCCCACUUCCUCCUGAUGGGAGUAUUCUGUCCUCUCGUGUUGAUAAUAAAUAUUCUUUAACAUGUAA